AUGGCCGAGGAACAGAUCAUGGCGGAGCAACGUUUAAAGGAUACGGCACGAAAAUACGUGGAGCAGCUGAAUAACUCGAAGUCCAAACAACACAAACUUAUGGCACAGCUGCUCUCUUCGGCUGUACUCAGUGCACCGGGUGAGAUUUUUGCACUAAUUAGCUUCUAGGAAUGUUGUGAAUUUACAAUUUUUUCUGCGCUUAUUGGAUUGUGCGAUGUAUUUUUUACAGCACUUCCCGAACAAAUGACAAAAGCAUUGGUAAAAAUAUCGGUUGCAACAUGUUUUACCCGGUUCACCAAUCGACAGUCACAAACUGCUGUUCACAGUGUUUUAUCAGCUUUAGUACAAAAAGAUGCGCCGACUUCGAUGAGCUAUCUCACUGAUGCAUUCACGUCGUUCUUUCGACCAAAUAUAGCACCUCCGUAA